CUAGGCCUGGGCUUUACCACCCAGGGCUGAGGAGUAGGAUGGGGGAUGGGCCCGUAACAGGAAGAGCCCUGGGUGUCCUCUUUCGGCCCCAUGGAGUCCUCACCCAUUCCCCAGUCAUCAGGAAACGCAUCCACUUUUGGAAGAGCCCUUCAAACACCAGGUCCCUCUACUGCCAGCGGGGUCCCCGAGUUGGGACUGCAGGACGUGGCUUCAGAAUCCGUGGCCCUCUUCUUCAUGCUCCUGUUGGACCUUACUGCUGUGGCCGGCAACGCUGCCGUGAUGGCUGUUAUUGCCAAGACACCUGCCCUCCGAAAAUUUGUCUUUGUCUUCCAUCUCUGUCUGGUGGACCUACUGGCUGCUCUGACCCUCAUGCCCCUGGCCAUGCUCUCCAGCUCCGCUCUCUUUGACCACGCCCUCUUCGGGGAGGUGGCCUGCCGUCUCUACUUGUUCCUGAGCAUUUGCUUCGUCAGCCUGGCCAUCCUCUCGGUGUCUGCCAUUAACGUGGAGCGCUACUACUAUGUGGUCCACCCCAUGCGCUACGAGGUACGCAUGACACUGGGGCUGGUGGCCUCCGUGCUAGUGGGCGUGUGGAUAAAGGCCCUGGCCAUGGCUUCUGUGCCAGUGUUGGGAAGGGUCUCCUGGGAGGAAGGCGCUCCCAGUGUUAACCCAGGCUGUUCUCUCCAAUGGAACCAUAGUGUCUACUGCCAGCUUUUUGUGGUGGUCUUUGCUGUUCUUUACUUCUUGCUGCCCUUGAUCCUGAUCUUGGUGGUUUACUGCAGCAUGUUCCGAGUGGCUCGUGUGGCGGCCAUGCAACACGGGCCGCUGCCCACGUGGAUGGAGACACCCCGGCAACGCUCUGAGUCUCUUAGUAGCCGCUCUACUAUGGUCACCAGCUCCGGGGCUCAGCAGACCACCCCACACCGGACGUUCGGGGGUGGAAAGGCAGCAGUGGUCCUCCUGGCUGUGGGAGGCCAGUUCCUGCUCUGUUGGCUGCCCUACUUCUCCUUCCAUCUUUACGUGGCCCUGAGCGCGCAGCCCAUUUCGACAGGACAGGUGGAGAAUGUGGUGACUUGGAUCGGCUACUUCUGCUUCACUUCCAACCCUUUUUUCUAUGGAUGUCUCAACCGUCAGAUCCGGGGCGAGCUUAGCAAACAGUUUGUCUGCUUCUUCAAGGCAGCCCCAGAGGAGGAGCUGAGGCUGCCUAGUCGAGAGGGCUCUAUUGAGGAGAAUUUCUUGCAGUUCCUCCAGGGGACCUCUGAGAACUGGGUUUCCAGGCCCCUACCCAGCCCCAAGCGGGAGCUACCACCUGCUGUUGACUUUCGAAUCCCAGGCCAGAUUGCUGAGGAGACCUCGGAGUUCCUGGAGCAGCAACUUACCAGCGACAUCAUCAUGUCAGACAGCUACCUCCGUCCCGCCCCCUCACAAAAGCUGGAGUCCUGA